CAGAGAUCGAUUCGAGAGGCAUACUGUCACAGACACAGGAGUAGCACACACAGAUCUGGCGCGGCAGCGAGGGGCGGAGAAGUUAGGAUGACGGGGAGAAUCCGGUUCACCCACGCGGAGGUCGCCAAGAUGUUGGAGGUCCUCCGUGACCUCAACGCCAUGCCCAAGCGUCCCAUCAUCCAGGGACUCACCGACGACUUCAACGCCUCCCCGGACCGCUCCGGCGACGGCCAGGUCCCCGUCCAGUACAGUCAGGUGCACACCUGGUUCCAGAACCGGAGGUACACGCAGAAACGGAGGGGUGAGCGGCCGCCGGCACAAGGGAAGAUGCUGCCCACGGGGGCUGAGGCACAGCACCCAGCUUCCUACAGGGUUCAGUCCUCUUGCCCUUCCAACUCCGAAUCACAGUCAGGUGCUGCACUGUUCAUUCCCUUUUAUUGA